GCUUUAGCAGAGCUCGUAAGCGAUAGUACGAGGAAUCCUGUGCAACAAACUCAUCAACAAAUGCAGGUUAUCCAGUCACAGACAGAGUCACAGCAGCAGGCGCCCCUUCGACAACCCCAGCAAAUGCCAAGACAAAUGCGUCCACAGAUGCAGCAGAUGGUUCAUCCCCAAAAUCUGGCUUUUCAGCAACAGCAACAGUGGAAAAGUAUGCGACAACGGCAACCAUCAACAUCUCGUCCUGGAAUGGAUAACAUAAAACCCCUGGUGGAAGUCAAGCUUGAAAACCCGGCUGAAUUUCCAAUUGAUAGUAAUGCCUUAACCGCAAUCAAUGCCAGACAUCAUCCCCAACUGCAGUUCCGCCAACAGCAAAUUGCUGCAAUGUCAAAUUUCCAUCCUGAAGCCAGCAAUCAAUUUAGACAAUUGGCUUCCCUUCAAAUUCCUCAAGUCCAGACACAGAGCAUGGGCACUGUCAGGGCUCCGCCGGUGAAGGUUGAAGGUUUUCAGGAACUGAUGGGAGGGGAUGCUACGCUAAAGCAUGAUUCAGAGGAAAAUAAAUCUACCUCUCCUCCAAAGUAAAAAAUACAAAAUAUAGCUAGGGGGAUAAUGAUUGGUGAGUUAAACUAUAAAAACAUUCCCAGCUUCAUAGCCUUGGUACUAAUAAUGCACUUUUGUUUUUAAUUUUUAGACGUCUUUGUUGUAGAAAUUAUCUUCUUCUCCUGUAUAUUUUAUAGUUUAAAUUUAUGUAUAUAAAGCUUGAAGGAUGGGAUGAAACUUUCCAUGGAGGAGAUUGAAGUUAUUAUGCCAACAUUUUGUCAUAAAUAUACAUCAGGUUGGCUGAACCUUUUCGUUGUAGUUGUCUUCUCUUGUAUAUGUCCUAGUUUAAGUUUAA